AUGGCCAAGUACGAGUGGGGGCUCGACAAGACCUGCGCCUUCGUCAAGUCGAAGCGCGGCGACGCGAACCCGAACGCGGGCUUCCUGAAGCAGCUCCGGCUCCUGGACAAGCGGCUCCAGGUGUCGCGGAGCCGCUUGAUGGCGAAGCUGCCGCCGCGGGAGCGCCACGACGCCCUCGAGGCCGCGCGGCGGCGCCUCGUGGACUGGGACGCGCGCGUGCCGCGGCUCGCGGCGCGCUUCGAGGCCGACGACGAGGACGCGGAGGACCUCGUCGACGACGAGCCGUUGCUCGUGAACUCGUUCUUCAACGGCCAGGUCCGCGUCGACGUCGGCGCUCUGCGGUCCGCGGCCCACGAGAUGGCCCACGUGUCGACGAAGCUGCGCUGGGUCGACGGCGCGUCCAACGGCGACAACGGGCGCCUCAUCUCGGGCCCCGGCGGCUCGAACCCCGGCGGCGCCGCGGGGCCGCGGGCGCCCAAGUCGAUCCUGAAGAAGCCCCGGGCGCCGCCGCCCGCGGCGCCGGCCCACGGCGUCCACUUUGGGCUCCGCGAGGACGCGACGACGUCCGUGGGCGUGUCCAACUACAGCCACGGCACGGGCUUCGAGUCCGUCGACUCGACGGCCGAGAGCCUCUUGCUCCAGCAGCUCGACCGGUCCCACGCGCUCGAGCGGUCCAUGGCGCCGGAGCGGCGCCUCCGCGAGCUCGUGCGCGACGUCGAGCUCGGCUCGCCGCGGCGCCCGCCGCCCCAGGGCCACCGCGACUCGCUCUUCCUCGCCAAGUACCGCCGCGACGGCGGCGGCGCCGCGGCCGACGACGCGGAGCUGCCCGCGGUCGCCUGGGACGCCCAGGCCAACGGCCAGGCGCCCGGCGGCGCGCCGCCGGGAAACCAGGCGCGGCCCCAGUCCGCGCCCGUGUCGCGCGACCGCGACGGCGGCGCCGCGCCCUUCGGCUCCGCCCCCCCCGGCCGCGCCGGUGCCCAGCCCUCGCGGAAGCCGCGGCCGGGCACGCCGGCGGCGCAGGCGCGGGGCGGCGCGCCCGCGACCCAAAGCCGGGGCCCGCGGCCCCAGGGCCCGCGGCAGCAGCGCGCGGCGCCGCCGCCGCAGGACCGGCCCCUCUACUACGGCGCCGCGUCGCUGUCCAUGCGCACGGGCCGGAGCCCGGGCGGCGGCGGGCGGCCGGGCAGCUCGGGCGACCGCCGCCACGUCCACGCCGACUUCCCGGACCCCUUCCCCGCGAACCGCGUCGUCUACGGCGGCCCGCAGCCGCGGCGCGGCGGCGCGGACCGGCCGAGCUCCGCGCCCACGCGGCGCACGCCCGCGGGCGCGCCCAAGGGCGCGCUGCCGAAGCAGCUCAACGCGAAGCACGGCCGCGACGCGUCCAUCGAGGAGCUCAUGAUCCGCGGCGCGACGUCGUCCGCGCGCGGCGCCUCCGACGACCGCCGCGCGCGCGAGCCCAAGGGCCGCCGCGCGCCGCGCGCGGGGCCCGACCCCCUCGCCGAGAGCCGGCGCCCCCCGCGCCACGCGCCGGACCCCCUCGCCGGCGACCGCUGGGCCCAGCCCACGCGCGUCUACGCGCCGAAGCGGACCACGAAGCCCAAGCGCGACCGCGCGGACGUGCCGCACCGCGCCCGGCCCCAGUACUAG